GAUGAAGGAACAGACAGAGAGGGACACUCGGCCCUGACGGUGUUUUGGACAAACGCUUCAUGACUUCACCACAGACACAGAAACCAGCUCUGCUUUGAAACAAUCCUCAGAAACAGUGUACCAGUGUGUGGCGAUGGAGUUACCGACUGGCUUUCUGUCUGAAGACCAGCUCACCUGCUCCAUCUGUCUGGAAGUGUUCAACAAUCCAGUCUCGACACCGUGUGGCCACAGCUUCUGCCAGUCCUGCAUCUCCUCGUACUGGGACAGAGGAGGCAGCGGUUCAAAGUAUUACCAGUGUCCUCUUUGCAAGGAGUCCUUCCGCAAGCGCCCAGAGCUCCAAAUCAACCGCACCCUGAAGGAAAUCACCGAACAGUUCAAGCAGAUGGCCAACGCCAGUGUGCUAACGGAUGGAAGAGUUGGAGGAGUGGAGCGCUCACAUCACCACCACCCUGCCCUGUCUCCACCCCCCAGAGCUGGAGAGAUGCCAGACACAAUCUUUGCUGAGAUGAUGGCGCGUUUUCAGCAGCUGCCGGUUGUCAGGAUGCCUCACACCACCCAACCCAGUGACCUUCACCCCCAAAGCCACAGCCAAGCCAGCGACCACCACGACCCACCUCCACCCUACUCACCGCCCCACAGCGAUCCCAGUAACUCGUCCCCAGGUUUACCACUAUGUCCCAUCCACCUGAAUGGACUGGAGUUCUUCUGUCGCACCGACAACGUCUGCGUGUGCAGCAUCUGUGUAGAGACGGCAGAGCACCGAGGACACAACGUCACGUCUGCAAAGAGAGAGUGGCACAUCAAGAAGUCCCAGUUAGGGAUCACAGAGGUGGAGCUGAAGGACCUCAUCCGUGAGGGAGAGAGGAAAGUGGAGGAGAUACACAACUCCAUUCAAGAGAUAAAAGCUGCUGCUGAUCGAGAGACAUGUGAGGCUGUCGGUGCUUUCUCCAAGCUGAUCUCCAGCGUGGAGUGUUGCCAAGCUGACGUCUUGAAGGUUAUAGAGAUGAAUCUUCAAGCUGCAGAGCAAAGAGCUGAGAGUUUGCUGAGAGAACUGGAGCAGGAGAUAGCAGAACUAAAAAAAAGGAGUACAACUCUUGGCCAGCUGGCUGUUUCUGAAGACUACAUAUUCUUUUUCAAGACAUUCCCUGCCCUGUCCACCCCUCCACAGGUCAGUAACUGGUCCAGUGUCUCUGUGUCAUCUCAGCUGACCUCAGGGGAGAUUCUCAGAGCUGUCAAUCAGAAGCUGGAGCCUUUUCAGGAAGAACUGCAGAAACUGCCAGAAAUCUGCAAGCAGUUGAUGUCAGACCAAUCUGUACCUCGGCCCAGCCAAAAGGUAAGGAGAGUUCAAGAAUAUGCAGAGAACAUCACUCUCGACCCGAGCACCGCCCAUCCACGCCUCAUAAUCUCAAGAGAUGGGAAGCAGGUGCACUGUGGUGACCGUCAUCGGUCACUACCAGACAACCCUGAGCGCUUUGACCGGGUGGUGUGUGUACUGGCCAACCAGGGCUUCAACUCAGGACGCCACUACUGGGAGGUGGAGGUAGGAGGAAAGACGGACUGGGACCUGGGCGUGGCAAGCAGCUCUGUCAAUCGAAAGGGGAAAAUCACUGUAAGCCCUGCAAAUGGUUACUGGUUCCUCAGCCUGCGGGAUCGGACCGACUAUGCCUUCCGAACAGAACCCUCAACCAACCUGACAGUUAACCCCAGACCGUCCCGGAUUGGAAUCUAUGUGGACUUUGAUAAGGGACUGGUGUCCUUCUACAACGUGGAGGCCAGAGUGCUCAUCUACACAUUCACAGAUUGUUUUUCUGACACCAUCCAUCCAUUCUUUAGCCCCUGUACAAAUAAAUCUGGACAGAAUGCGGCUCCACUGAUCAUCUGGCCUGUCACCGCGACAGAAUGACAUGAGCCAACAUUUAAAGGAAUCUUCCACAUGCUUCCAUGUAUGUAGGAAAAAGACUGAAAGACACAAACAUACCUCUGAACAAAGCUGUGCUUCAGGCUGCAGUAGGCAGAAAUCUGGCAAAUCCCAAAAAAUACUAAAAUUCUCAAAUUUGAAAAUGUACAGAGAUGGAGCUCCUCCCUCCUGUUUGUUCUAAGCCCCUCCCACCUGAUGAGAGCUGCGAUUCAAACAUGCAAAGAUAGUAAAGUAGAAGUCAGCAUUGUUUUGUGGCCUCUCACUGUGGUCUUUGGUUGUCUCACCCCCCGCGGGUGAAAAGACUUCCCAUCAUGGGCAAGAUGUUUAAAGUCUGAAAGCUGAGCCAAGAGGAGUUGCACCCGAACCAUAGCCCUCUAGUUUCCUCUCAGAUUACUUGAAUGUUGAAAAGUCAGUUGUAUUUGUGUAGCCCAGUUUACAGCAUGUGUCAUCACACAGCCUUAACCUGGUCAGGUACACACCGUACAGGUUUAACAGAGAACCCAACAAUCCAAAGAUGCCUUUGGACUUCCUCUGAGCAAGCGGUUGGCAACGGCCAGGAGUGGGCCUCCCAUGGCCAGAUGAAAGCCGUAGAUGUGGGCCAGAAUAAUGUUGGUACUGGAGCUCAGAUUUAAAGCACACCGCUUGGGCCACAUACUGGUGUUUCUCAUGACUCAACAUGUGUGGUUGCUCUCCCCAAGUUGUCAGACUGUUUAACUCUGAAGCACUUCUGGUGGUCAAACAUGAAAUGUGAUGAAAAGUUUAUCCAAGUCACCAUGGAGUCAAUAGACAGAAUAUUAAACAGAGUUUUCUCUCAGCUCACGUUAUUAGCCUGAAAACAACGAACUCUGUGAAUGCACAGGACCCAGACUGCAUGCUGCUGGGGUUUUUAACCGAUGAUUUAUUAUAGAUAGAUGUGUUUCCCUUUUUUUCAGAUGCUUUCUCUCCUUCUCUAUCAUUCAUUGUUGUGUUUACUUUGUGAGGUACUCAGAUACGUCUCAUGUGUGUCUGCUGUUCGGUUGUUCCUUCAUCCGUUGACGUAGGCUUUAGUUUUGUAAAGUAGUUUCUAAAGAAAAACAGAGCUGCUGUUUGUUAUGCUCUAAUAAAGCAACAGAUGCUACCUUCAUAUUUAUCAUAUUUGAACGUAUUCUGAAGCAAAAAUGAGUUUGUAAAUGCUUCCUUUGAAAGCUGGCGUUGCUGUUCUUUAUGCUUCAGUGAUGGACUUAUAUACUGAGAUUGUGGUGAUUUUAUGGAUAACUGAAAGUAAGAGACAGACGGUUCAGUUGAAUCAUAUGUGGGGGUAGAAUGAUUACUGCCCCCUGCAACGAACCAGAAGGGCUGCAGGUCAGUAACUGAUGUGUCUGUGAAGAGCAAAGCCAGGCCGAAGCAGCACAUGAUGAAGAACGGCUGCCGUUGUUCAGAUGUACACCUGUCUGUGUGAUUUGUACAGUGGUACCAGAUUCAGAGGGUUAAUUAUAAAUGUGCCUGUGAUAUAAUCACUUCACUUGCCGUCACUGUCUUUGAUAGCAGCCUGUGUUGAUUCCUGUUGUGUGAAUACAUCUAUGCUGGCCGGCCACUUGUUCACAAGCUUCCUGAUCAUCUGUGUUUGUAGAAUGAUUGUGAACUGUGGAGUCAAAUAUAGAGUUUGAAACCUG